CGCGACAGUUGCCCAGCAACUGUUGCCCAGGGAUCUUGUCAAACAAAACAUUCCAGAAAUUCGAAUGUAGAGCCAGCUAGAGUUGACUAGCUAGCUAUUAUUUGCUUCUAAAAAAAAAGAGUUGCAUAUUCCAGAAAUAUGUCGACCACUAUGUAUCCAGCAGAAAGUAUUUACAACCUUAUUCCAAGGGAGGAGGUUAAAAUAGAGAAACCACCAAGGUAUAUGUCAAAGUUUAGGGCACAAGUUAAGCAUGAGAAAAUGCUGAAUAAGGCUACCAACAAGACUAUGGGACCAGUAAAAGUAGACUUUCCCUCUCCAGAGAAAUAUCUGCUCAAGCACUCCAAGGAACCCAAACUUCCUGAAAAGCAACCAUUUUCAUAUUUGGAUGAUGAGACUUUCAAAAAACCACAAAUACCUGCCAAAGCAGACAACCCACUUAUGGGCAUUCACACCAAAAAGGACUUUGUAAAGACAAACGCCUUUGAGAACAUCAUGGCAGUGCCAAAAAAGCCACAGCCUAUCUAUGCCGACACUAAAACUGGAGACAAACAGCUCCUGGAAAAUUCAGGACUACUCCCAAAGUACAUCAAGAAAAAGGACUUUGGAAAGACCCCUGAAUACUUGCAGCAUCGCACUGAGGAGGUGAGGAGGGCUCAGGAUGAGUAUGACAGCUUUGUCAAGGAACACAUGAGACAGGGCACCAUGAAACAGCUCUCUGAGGAUGAGCAAAACAACAUCCUACAGGGCUUGAAGAUGAACUGGGGGGAGCUGCACCAUCAGUACCAGGGACUCUCUGUUGUCACGGACACCACACCUAAGAAGUACCGCAAGGAGCGUCUGGAGCUGGAGAUGAAGCAGCUGGAGAGGGACAUUGACCUCAUCGAGAGAUACAAGACUAUCUACAUCGCCAACAACUAACACACGACACCUCUUUUCUGUAGUGUCAAAUGGCAAAUGCAUUGUAAACAGAUAUUCAGUGAAGAAAAAAACAACUGCCCUAAAUGCUAGAUGUGAAAUUGUCUGGAAAAUAGUCAUAUAACUCUCAUUACCCUUGUCUAUGAUUUCACUUUGUUUUGGAAAACUAAAUAAACUCUGCACUAUAUUUUAA